CAUGUCUUCUUGCAUCACUUGUGUCACCGCUUUGGAGAGAGCUAGUCGGAGCAAACAUGCCUCAAUACAAGCUGAUUUACUUCAACAUCCGUGGACGUGGGGAGCUGUCGCGGCUGCUGUUCGUGCUCGCGGGACAGGAAUAUGAUGACGUCAGAAUCACGAUGGAAGAGUGGCCAGCGCAGAAAGGCAAGUACGUGUUCAGCAGACUUCCAGUGUUGGAGUUAGACGGGAAACAGUACGGGGAGAGCAUAGCGAUCGCCAGCUUCCUGGCCAGACGCUUUGGUCUCCACGGGCAAACGGACGUUGAAAUACUAGAGGUUGACCAAGUCAAAGGAAUAGUAGCCGACAUUCUUGCAGCCUUGGUUCGAGUUUUCAUGGAGAAGGAUGAAGCCAAAAAGGCAGAGAUUGUGAAGGAAAACAAUGAAACGAACAUACCAAAGUUCCUGGGCUUCCUGGAGACUGUGCUGAAAAAUAACAACACUGGAUUCUUCGUCGGCAACAAGAUCGGAUAUGCCGAUGUAGCUGUUUUCGAUGUACUUGAGGCUGCUGGCGCUUUGAAAGGCCUGGUAGAUGGCUUCCCGUUGGUCAAGGCCAACGUAGAGAAGGUCAAGUCUAAUCCAAGAAUAGCCCAGUAUUUAGCCAAACGACCGCAAACACCGAUGCACUCUCACCGUAUACCCACGAUCAUGCCGACAUACAGAUUUCGUUAUUUCAACUACAAGGCAAUGGGCGAAGUGUGCCGACUGAUGUUUGCGCUUGCUGGUCAGGAGUUCGAGGACGUCAGGAUCACCCACGAACAAUGGGCCGCAGAGAAGCCAAAUACCCCUCUGGGUCAGAUGCCCGUCCUUGAGAUUGAUGGAAAACCCUUCAGCCAGAGCGGCGCCAUAUCCAGAUACCUUGCAAGGACAUUUGGUUUCUAUGGUAACGGCGAUUUAGAAGCCCUAGCGGUGGACCAGGUUCUCGGUGUCAUCCAAGACGUCAUCAUCUUCAUGCGCGACCAUUUUAAAGAGAAUGACGAAACAAGAAAGGGUGAGUUGGCGAAAGAGCUAAAGGAUGUCAAAGUACCGCUGUAUUUCGGGAUGUUGGAGAAAUUGCUGAAACAGAAUGGCAGUAAUGGAUUCUUUGUUGGCAAGAAGAUUAGUAUUGCUGACGUCAGUCUGCUUGAUAUCUAUGAUAAAAGCUCAGAGGCCAUAGUGAAGUGGGAAGACUACCCUCUGGCCAAGAAAUGCAUUGACAACGUUGGCUCCAACCCUAGAAUCAAAGCAUGGGUUGAGAAACGUCCAGUCACAGCGUUUUGACGUGAUACACGGACAUUGUCCCUUAUGUCAGCAAUAUUCCUGUCUGUAAAUAAUCGAAUCUGGACCAGAUAAUCCAGUGGUGAACGGCAUGAGCAUCGCGCUGUGCAGAUGGAAUACCAUGACAUAUGACACUUUCUUAAGACAAGCAUGGGCUGCUGAAGACCAAUCCUAACCCGGAUUUUCACGGAUCUUGUUCAUUAUGUACAAGUGAUAAGUGCUUGGUGAAAUAAUGUGAAACAUAUAUAAAGAGUCAAAUCCUAAUAACGAUUUUCUCCCGAUUUAUCAUAGAAGAUUGUAAACAUUUUCUUAAUAUAAACAAUAAAAAGCUUGUCAGUUCAUUUGGACACUCAGUUCGAAAGCUUUUAUAAGUAAACACUAUUUUCACAUUUAGAUACUGACUAGGCAAUAUAUUCUUUACAAAAAAGUCCUGUUUUGUAAUUUCAGCGAAAAAAAUAAGUAACAUCUCUAGAAGAAUAAUAGUUUGGCACCUAAACUGUAAAAGUGGCCCUACUGCUUCAAGACGGGAAACACGUAAAAAAGAGGUGUUUACACCUAAAUAUCAUCUACUUAACUGGCAUAGACGCAUGUUAACAAGGGCAAAAAAUAAAGUUUGAAGUGGUGUUCCCCAA